AAAAAAUUUUAAAAAUAUUGAAAAAUAUUCCAAAAAUAUUCAAAAACAAUUUUCAAAAAUGCUGUUCAUGUGAUCCCACAACACAUUUUAACACCACAAAAUUUUCGCUACGCAGCGCAUUCCAACACUAAACGGCAUUAGAUUCGUACCGAUUUCGUCAUGGCAUUGUCCAAACGACCGCUCACCAAGGAGACCGCUUUGGCUGAAAACAAUAAUAACAACAACAACAAUAAAACCGAGGAGCACGAAACGGCGGUGAAGCGUAAAAAACGCGCCAGCCGCGAUGAUGAAACGGCCAAUAAUAAUAAUAACAACAACAAAAGCGAUGACAAAUUGCCAACGCUGCCACAGAAGAAGCGCGCUGUUAGCAGCAACAUUAACAGCAACAACAUGAAUAAAACAAACACAACGCCGCACGACAUUGCUAUGCUGCAAAACUCAGUGCAUAACAGUAACAACAAUAUCACAAGCACCACCUUGCAUUCACCAGACAGGACACCAGCAGCGGUGGUCAGUACAACCACACCGACAAAAACGACCGCCGACGACCAGGACGACGAGACGCUCAUACGUGAGACACAAGCGGCACUCAAAAGCCUCUCGGGCAGUUGGCCACCGGAGGCGCGCAACAAUCUGUACCGUCUGCAGGAUCAGGACGAGAAUCCGCCACCAUUUCAGAAUCUCUUCGAAGAGAAACAAAAGUAUGGCACACAAACGCUACCAACCGACAAAGAAACUUAUUUUCAAACUGAUCUCUUACGUUUCCACAGACAAAAGGAAAACGAUCAGGCGCGUAUCAAUUCACAGCAUGCCGAACAUACAACGUUGGACGAGCGUAAACGUACCACAGCCUUCUCGCAAGCGUCCGCCUUUAAGCCGCCACAUGAUAUCAAACGCAACGGUCUCAUACCCUAUCCGCCGGGCGCAACAGCUAUGACAUCAGUGGCGUCCUCGCUGCCACCACCACCACCGCCACACUACCCCAUCUACACCAACAUGAAUGACUCUUCGGCUGCAUACCUAAGCUAUCAGCCACAUGCGCUGGCCGACUCCAACACAAUGUCCAUGCUGCCGCCUGCGCGUCCUACGCCGACAACGCCCGGCCAUGCCAACGGUUUCGAUAUCGCCUCGCAAAUCGGCGCCGCAGAUAGCAAAAUCACAGAGCUCAAGCCCGCGCUGGCGAACGGCGUGGAGCUGCAUAAGCAUAACGAAGCGCUUGGCACGCCAGGCGUAGUGGGCGCCGCCUCAACUGGUGGUCCAGCAACAGCGGCCGAUACCAAGCACUACACCAUACUGCAACCAGCCGGUGUGGGCAGUCGUGCGGCAUCGGUGAUGCAGGAUAUAGCGCGCGAGGGCGUGGUAACGACGGUCACAGCUGUGGGCAGUAACAAUAGUAACGGCGGUGUUGGCGCGACGGUUAGCGUACCACAACCGACCUACUCGCCGGGCAGCAUCAAUCGUGGCGAUGGCACCAAGUGCCCCACGCCAAGCUGUAACGGCCAAGGACAUAUCACGGGGCUUUACUCACACCAUCGCAGCUUAUCUGGUUGUCCAAAACGUGAUAAAGUCACCUCGGAAUCUGUCGUAGACACGCUGAAGUCCGAGCCGAAGGAGUUGCCUCAUUUGGAAAAGUUAAAAAUCGCCUCAAAUCAAUACUUGAACAACAACAACAUCAGCUGCAUUAAUAACAAUAGUGGGCACGUCACGACCGGCAGCAACAACAAUAGUAAUACUUCCGUCAGCCACAACACACUCAGCCACAGCUCGAGCUCGACGACGAACUCAAGUGCGGCGAGCAACGCAAUGCCAAUUAUCAAAUCGGAAUUCAGUCCGGUCGCCAGCGUCAAGUCCGAAUACAACAAAAGUCCCAUGCAUCCAUAUAUGAACAAUGCGGACAGCACCGGCGGUGGUCCAACAGACCGCUCGGCUAACGGUAAUGCGCCCAAUGCCGGCGCUGUGUCCACAACGAACUCAGAUAAUUUGCACGCGCCACACUUGAGUGGUGUCCGAAGUGCGACCGGAACACUUCAAGCAUCCGGCUACGUGAGCAUGCAGCAGCAGCAACAGCAUCAACAACAGCAGCCACCCCAACAGCAGCCACCAACGCAUACAAUGGCCGACCCACAUCAGCAGCAACAUCAACAGCAGGCGCAACAACAAAGUCCACAUAAUCCACAUCAACAACAACAACAGCACACAAUGCAUCAACAACGCGGUCCAUUCAUCGAAGACUCAUCAUCGCUAAUGAUGUCCGCUGGCAAUGGUGCUUCCGUGAACGGUGCCGAUGCCUAUCGCACCGAUGGUCAUCAUGACGAUACACAACAUCACUACGAGCAUAUGCGCUAUGCGCAACAUAUGGGGAAUGGUGUUGCUGGCGCCGGCGUUGGUGAUGGCAGUCUAGGUGGCGGCAAACCACCCACAUCUGCUUAUGGACAGGAAAUGCUCACUGCCAAUGGUGCACCCACCAAUGCGAUGUCGCCCAAUGCACGCGCCUACGAUACCAACCCACCCACAUCGCUCUCAUCGGCCGCCGCUGCAGCCGCCUAUGCUGAUGCCACGGGCGUAUCCAGUGUAGCCGGUAUGCCGACGGCUUUCGAACGCUACGAUCCCAUUUGUAAUGGUCAGCGUCAGGGACCACCCUCGAAUAUGUAUCACUAUCUGCCACAGUCCGCAGACGACUUGCAAGUGCAGCAGCAGAAAUACUUGCAAGAACAACAAAUGUUAAUGGCCAAAGCGGAACACGAUGAACUCGCCAAUGGUGGUCCAAUAUAUCCACGCCCCAUGUAUCACUAUGAUCCAAGUAUGGGUCCUUUACCGCCAGGUUUUUCCGCCAUUAAUUUGUCGGUAAAAAUGGCAGCAGCGCAAGCAGCAGCCGCCGCAGCCGCUUAUCAAAAUCAACAGCAGCAGCAGCAACAACAGCAACAGCAACCGAAGCAAAGCGGUUCACCGUCACCACCUGGCGCUCCGGUCGUAGAUUUAUCAGCCUCCGCCUCGGUGACUUCGUCCAGUCCGCACGGUUUCAACUCGCCAGCAUCACACAACCAGUACAGUCAGCGCAUGGGCGCUGGCAGUCCACAGCCUGGUGCGAGCCCCAACAUCGCCAGUCCUCAAGUGCCAAGUCCCCAGGGACAAACGUUGGAUCUGAGCGUCACACGCCUGCCACACAGUAUUAUCACGAGCCCACAGUACGGUACACAUCCCGACGGUCUGGUUGUCGGGCACCCGCAAGGCUUUGGACCAGGUGUACCACCGACCGGCGCUAACGGUGCGCCACGUUCACCACAAAUGGAACCGGUCGAUUUCAGCGGACCACCAAGACCACUCGGUUUCGGGCUGGUCGGACACAUAGGCGGACCGCGUCCAUAUAGUCGAGAAUCGACACCGGACAGCGGCGGUUCGCAUUACAUCGACAGCUAUCGUGAUCCAAGUGGCUACUCCCCACAUCCCGGCUAUGGCAUGGUCGUACAAUCUGAUUAUCCCCCAGCCGGCUAUCAUGGCUACGGUCCAGCCGCAUAUCAAUGCAGCAAUCCUUAUGCGACUGCUGUCGGUCCCGGCGGAUAUCCGACACCCGUAUCGGGCGGCUACUCACCCAGUCCAGCGUCGUGUUACUCCAUGCCGCCGCCACAGCAUAUACCGCAGCACGACAAGACAAAGGAUAGGUUAGUCGAAUGUUUGACGGGCUGUACGCGCAGCGAUCGCAAUCAUCUGCAGCCACACUCGCAAGAACUGAAAUGUCCCACGCCCGGCUGUGAUGGUUCGGGUCAUGUUACCGGCAAUUAUUCAUCGCAUCGCAGUUUAUCGGGUUGCCCGCGCGCCAAUAAGCCGAAGAGCAAGCCACGCGACGGACAGGACUCAGAGCCGCUAAGAUGCCCCAUACCCGGCUGUGACGGUUCUGGUCAUUCCACUGGCAAAUUCUUAUCGCACAGAAGCGCCUCCGGCUGUCCCAUCGCGAAUCGCAAUAAAAUGCGCGUACUCGAGGCCGGCGGCACCGUAGAACAGCAUAAAGCCGCCGUCGCUGCGGCGACUGCGAUGAAGUUUGACGGUGCGUAUGCUCAACAUUUUGGUUGCGGCAGCGCUGCCAGUCAAGGCAUGAAGAAACCGAAAUUCGACGAUGUUACAAUGGUCUACCCCAAGGGCUAUACAGGCAUCGACAUGAUGAUGGGCGGUGUCGGCUCCGCUGUCUCCUCGUCCGCUUCCGUUUCAAGUAAUCUCAGCAAUAGCAGCAGCAACAACAACGCCUCGGUGGUGAGCUCAACCGCUGCGCUGGGCAAUGUCUCGUCGUCGGUGACCGGUACUGCAACACUGCCCGACAGCUUGCAAGGCAACAAUACCGCCAACAACAACAGUAAUGGCAAUAACGCAACAAAUAACGCGAAUAACAACAAUAACGUGCCCUCAACAAAUGGCGGCGGCGGCGGCAAUGGCAGCGGCGUGGGUGAGGACUUGAACACGCUCGAAGCGGAAAUCUCGGAAUUGCAACGGGAGAAUGCGCGCGUCGAAUCGCAAAUGAUGCGUCUCAAGUCCGACAUAAAUGCCAUGGAAUCACAGUUGCACACCAGCGAUAGGGAGGCUUCUCCGCUGAGUACUCAUCAACAGCGUAAUCUCGCUGCGGUGACUAUCAAUGCUGGAGGAGCAACAGCUCUUGGGAGCGUCUCCUCCAGCGCCUCAAUCGCGUCCCCGCUCAGCAAUCACAACGGCAGCGGCAACAGCGCCAACGGCAACAGUAACAUCAACCUCGGCGGCAGUGGUGGAACCGGAGGCAACAACAACGCCCUCGCCAGCACAAACAUCUCACACUCCCUCGCCAGCAGUCACGCCGGCACCAUAGGCAGUCACAGCCAUAGUCAUAGCGGCAGCUAUUUAACACCACCGCCAAGCGUCAGCAUCAGCACCACUACCUCCUCCACCGCGUCCAGCGGCGGUCCACCCACAUCCAGUUCCUAUUACGAGAGUUUACGAAACAACGUCAUCACACUACUUGAACACGUACGACUACCACCACCCGGCGGCAGCAAUGGUGGCACAAGCAUGAGCGCGAGUCCACUAGGCGGUGGCGGAGGCGGCGGCAAUAAUGUGAGCAGCACCAGCAUAGGCGGUCAUUCUAGUGAUGGUCUCGGCAAUAGUUUAUCCUCGAAUUUGGCGGGAUUGCCCGCCACCGCCGAGGUGUUGAGUAAUCAGCAAUUGACCAGCGCUUACGGUGUGCCACAUCCAUCGCAUCCCACACUCAUACCACCAAGUCCACUACCCACAGCCUCCAUUGCGCCCACAAAUGUAGUUAGCGGUGCUGUGUCCAUGUAUGCAGCGCCACCCCAUCAUUUAGCCGGCACUCAUCCGGGUAUGUUGGGACCACCACCGCCGCCGCCUCCGCCACCACAUGGCGCCUCAAUGCCGCCACAUCAUCCGUACACCGUGCAUCAUCCGGCUGGUUAUGCGCAUCAUGAACCCUUCGACUCAUACAUAUCAAAGCUACAGUCACUCUGUGUGCCACCCGAUGUCUAUGCACUACCCGAUGAUGCCAGUCGUGCGGUGUACGAUACAGUUAAGCCGAGUUUGCAUCAAGACUAUACGCUAAUGCCGACGCCGAUUUAAGCGUGGAUGAGAAGCGGGUUGGUGUGGGAGCGCGACUAUUGGGUUUAAUUAGCAGAAACUGGAUCGUGCUUCCUCGAUAGUUUCUACGAAGGUUCGAAGACAGUAUAUAAUACCAGAAAGCUCUGAAAGCAAGAGGAAUAAGAAGAGGUAGAGCGGUGAGUUAAAUUAUAAUUUUGUGAAUUAACCGAUGUGAAGGGUCGGUAUACCCCUUAAAAUAUGUACAGUAGAGAUAGAUUUUGGUUGGGUGGUUAGAUAUCCAAGAUCCCACUAUUAGGCACAGAAUUAUCUAUAUUAAUUAAAUACUUACAGUCCCGCCAAGUGGUAAUACAAAAUGUAAGAUGAUUCAGCUCUAUUUUAUGACUUUUUAAGCAAUAGACUGAGAGUUUCUUUCCUAAGAUGAGGUCAUAUUGAAUGUAUGGAUACAGCAGAUAGGCCCUUGGUAUGGCAUUGGAUCAAGAAUCUUUUUACAAAUCCUACGUAAGAUGCUUUCGCUCCGAUUAUUACGCAUAAAGACGUUUCAAAAUUGAUCACUAGCCUCAGUAUAAAAAGCGUUAGGGGUAUUGUUAAUGGUUCGUAGCUUCAAGGAUGAAAGCUCAACGAGUAAAAACAUCAGUGAAAUACUUUGUCUAACAUGUGGAGCUUUCACUCUUACGCAUAAAAACGUUUCAAACGUUUAAGACAAGGUAAUAACUUUCAUGGUCAUUUUCAUUGAUGAAAGCUUCACUACAUAGAUGAAAGCUUUACUGAAAGCUCGAUAUUAUGAUAUUAGAUAAAGUCUGUUUAUAAGUUCAUGUUUUUUUAAGUGUUUCACCUAACAUGUGGGGCUUUGAUUUUUAUUAUUUUACAUGAAAACCUUUAUAAAUUGGUCAGUGAGUUGAGAAAAAUUUGUUAUAACUUCAUAGAUCAAGGAUUCCUAAGUGAAAGCUUCGGUGAAAUCUCCCAUAAUAUUGCAAGCGAAAGCUUCGAUGAAAGCACCCAUAAUUUUACAACUGAAAGCUUCAGUGAAAGCUCCCAUAAUAUAUUAGAAGUGAAAGCUUGUUAGCAGCAAAGGCAAAUAAUGAUGAAAGCUCAGAGGGUGAAAAUGUGAAAGGUAAAAAACACUUCUGUAUGAUUUUUUGGAUUGUUGAUUAAGAAAAAUUACUGCACUUUUUCCAAUAUUUUUCAAUAUACUAAUGUACAUACAUAGCAUAACUUAGGAGAAUAAAAAUCGAAAUUAAAUAAUAAUCAAAUAUAGAUUCAUGAUUAUUAUAGCGAAAAGACAGGUAUCUAGCACUAGCCUUACAAAAUCUACUUAAAUAAUUUGUAUAAUAAUUAGAACUACUAAAAAAUUAGAAUAUAUUUGUAACUGUAUAUGGGUAUAGAUGUGCAUUUGUAAUUAUGUAGAUAAAAAGCGAUAACUGGGAAAAAUAUAUUUUUCGGAUCUUCAGUGCGAAGAUUGGAGUAUGUGUUCGGGUACUAAAUACUAGUCAGAAAAUUAACUAGAUAUAGUAAACUUUAGCUAUAAUAAUCGAUGUAUGCGUACUAAUUAUGUAUAUUGUUGUUGUUUUAUAUAGCUGCAACAACAAAAAAUAAUUAUGCUAAAACAAAUACUGAUAAACUUACGGUAUAGAAAAGGGUAUACGAACAUGCGGGGCUUUUCGAAAGCUUGGAAACCGACUUGGCGGUGGAAGAAAGUCGUAGAAAGCUGCUAAAGAUGCUAACUUAGGCAGUGAGCUUAUGACUCUGAAAGCAUAUGAAAGUUUUCGAAGCAGAGUUGUAGUAAAAGUAAAGAGAAAAGAAGAAAGAUUGCCUAAAUUGUAUAUAAAUAUUUCUGUAUGUGUUUGAAAAGACCAACUUAGCCGCUGAAAUCCUGCAACUCGCUAAGAAUUAUAGUCUCUAACAGUAAGUGUAUGUAUGUAAAUUUAAAUAAUUUAGAAAUAUUGAAUUCAUAAUAGAUGUGCAGUUCCGCAAUACAGCGAAGUAUUAGAGAAACCCCACUAAUACGCUAUGGCUGAGUAUAGAACGUCACCUAAAAUGUAAAAUAACGUAACUUCACUUUUCAGAAGUUUGCCGACGAAGGAAAAACGAUAUACCAGAAACCACUCAUAAUGAAACAAAAUUAGAGGUUUGGUUAUAAAAUGGUUACAUAUUAGCUAUAUAUUGGUUAUAUAUUGGUUAUAUAUUAGUUAUAUAUUGGUUACAUAUUGGUUAACACAACGUUUUUUUACAUUUUAAAUGACGGUAUAUACAUAUAUAAAAACCAAAUUGUAUAUAUGUACAACAAAAACUUAUACAUUUAUGUUUGCAAAUGUAAAAAUCAUUUUCUAAGCACCAUUAGUGGUAUUCACGCAUAUACAUAGCGAUUUUAUAAGAAAUUUGGCUUAAAGAUAUUUGCUUGUUUUCUGUUAAUAUUAAAAAAGGUGUAAGUAUAAAUGUGUGAAUUUUGAAAUUUGUAAUAAAAAGUUGUUUUUGUGAGUUGUUUUCCAACACAUUUUUGUUGUAGCUAAUUAAAAAAUAAAAUAAUUUUAAAAAAAUUAUAUUAAAAAUAUUAUAUAUAAUAUUAUAUAACGUAGUUUGAACAGUGUAAUAUAUGAAAGUAUUAAUCAAAAUUUAUAUUUAAUGCAAAUUGACUAUUUUAAUAAGUUGUCAAGCAAGUAAGAGUAAAAUUUAAUGAAAAAGUAUGUUA